AUGGCUCAACAGAUCAGUCCAUUAGAUGGACACCAAACUGAUAAUUCUAACCAAACGAAUGGUCGGUGUAAGCGAAAGGGUGCUCCCGAUGACACCAACGAUGUCACCGGCAGUUCACAACUCUCUCCCAACUCACACAAAAAUAAUGAAUUGCCGGCCUUUGGCUUAAUUGACACUCACGAUGAGGUUGUGGAAAGACCUCUCACGUCCUUGCCUUUGGGCAUAGCAUUGUACAGUAAGCAAGGAUAUGGUAUAGUGACUGCCGCUGUGACUUUGGGCCUGAUUCUGGAGCGCCGAGAGUUAGUCAGUGGUCAUGGAGGGGGUUUGGGGCCCAUCAGCAGCAUUGGUGGGUCGACGGCAUCGUUCAGCUCAACGCCACGACUGACACAUACGCCAACAUCGGCUGACUUCCAGCCGCCAUACUUCCCGCCGCCAUAUAAUCUGCCGCAACAGCAGCUGGACUUCCAUCACCACCACGCAGUCAAUGCCGCGGCAGCCGCUGCCGCAGCCGAUCCCUACUCACACCUCAACAGCUUAGGGGCGCCGCAACAGUACCACCAGUUGCACCCUGCUCAUCCCGCUCACCCUCAGACAGCCAGAGGUCACAAUGUGCUGUCCGGCGGCCGACGGGACGACUCGGACCUCCACCUCCAGUCUAAUAUGCAUUCGGGACUGCAUUCCGGUUACGGCGACGUCACUGUCUCGGUGGCCGCCUCUGUGAACGCCGCCCGAAGGGGUACAGACAUGGUGUACGCCAAUGUGCGCCGACCCGACGUACUCAUGCACUCCGGUCACCACACUCUCAGUGAACAGGAUUUGCUCAAUCUUCACAACGCCGGUGCCCUCCCAUCCCUCGACGACACACAGGUCUGUCUCCAUUCGCUUUCAUUCAAUUCAUUACUCCAUUCAAUACUUCGCUGA